UCGCGACGCACACACAGGAAGACGAAGGAUGAAAGAUGCCUACCCCGUGCGCAUGCGUUCCUUUUUUGUUUGAUGGUGAAAAUUUCCAGUUUUUCUUCGACUGUUGAGAAUUCCUUAAGUGAAACAGGCUUCACGGAGCAGUUAUUUUGUGAAAGAGGAACGCUAGAAAGAAAGGAAAAACCCUAAAAGCGAUGAGUUGUGUCGGGGAUUGCUCCGAGUUGGGGCCACCGCCCGAUAUGAUCCUGUCGAUGCCACCGCCGCCGCUUUCGUCCUUCUUGUUGCCGCGGAACGUCCUGGCGCCAAAGCCCCCAAACAGUUCGCUGUCCUGCAUAGCGGCCUUCAUGUGUGAACCAUCGCUCAAACCGAACGAACAAUCCGGGAUGGAUCUCAUCGAGCUGUCGGGAAAUGCAAUCGACGAUACCUGGGUAUUUGUUCUGAUUUCAUCAUGUGUUGGUGUUCUUUUGCUUGGAGCUCUUCUGGCAAUGAUCCUGAUCAAAUGCAGAGACUCUUACAACAAUUUCUCUUAUCAUGAUAGCAAUUUGAAGCAUCCUCCGCUGGCAUCGCUCAAUGAUCCCCACAUGGGAACUACUAAGUCAGGCUUCCUGCCAGGAACGAUUUUGUAUCCGACAAAUCAACAGAUCACUCCAGACAACCGAACUUUGUGGGCCACUCUGACUCCUCAUGGCACAACACAACACUUCAUUUCGGAUACCUACUACAAUCCGGAAGAUCACUACGAAGUCAUAGACUACGGACGCAAACAUGAGCAAUACAUUCCGUCAAAUCAAAACACUAUCACCAAGAACAAAAAUUCUUUUGAGAACAAUGGAUUCGUCGACUACGAUUACGAGGACCCAACGCCUUUGAUGGAAUCUUACAAUAACUUUGACGACAUGGACUCCGGCUAUCAGGAACCCCAGGAAGUCAUCGGAACGCUCAACCGGAACCGCUCGAUUGUAUCCUCACCAACUCGAAUCGAAAACCCGAAUCUGGCUCCUCUGAACAUGUAUCCGACUCAUCGCAGCAAUGCCACACUGAACAGCAAAAAGAAUGCUACGCUCAGCCGACGGAUCAGUGAUAUUAAGAACUAAAUGGAUUCCUGAGGUCUCUUGGCAAAAGAACGAGAGACUAAAUGUGAACGGAGUUUCCUAAAAUUAAUAACAUUUUUGCUCGAACAAUUCAAACAGUAGCUCUAGAACAAACAUAGCUUUCGGUAGACUUUUGUUUCGCUAAGUUUAUUAACUUAAGGAAGUGAAAUAUGUCAGUAAUUUAACAAACAAAAAUGAAAUAAUUGAAAGCUCCAUCCUACUAGCAGCGAAAAAAAUUUAUAACAAGAAGAGUGAAAAAUCAUAUUUUAUCGUAUCGUAACGACUAGCUGCAUUUAUUUUAUUCAAUCGUACUAUUGAAUGUCUACUCUUAUCAGGCGAUAACAUAAAAAUAACACAAACUCAAACCAGACACAUAUGGAAAUAUUUACCAAUCACAUAACUACAAACACAUCUAAUCCAAUAGCAACAUUCAAGCUCAGCAAAACACCGCCAAUGGCUAGCAUAAAACAACAUAAAAUACUAAACAGAACACACAUCAUUAUUGACGGUCAACAUUCCUAAAUGCAUACUAAGAAGAGGAAACGAGAAUUGAUUUCAAAUACCUAGCACUUAAGAUGGAAUUCAGAAACUGUCCUGUCAAAGUCUAUGACUUUGUUGAGAGAGAAAUAAAAAACAUAAAUCAAUCAAACAAUUGGAUGCAAUAAAACCGGUCGUGAGCAUUUUACUUUCAAAAA